AUGCUCAUUGACAUGAAAGGUCUUGAAGUUGAAGAAGCAUUACGAAAAAUGAUGGGCAAUAUUCAUCCCGAUGGUGAGGCACAGAAAAUCUCUUCACUUAUCCGAACCUUCCAGGAGGCCUACAUUCGUCAGAAUCCGGAAAAGGCAGGUAUAGAGUUUCAUGAUCCGGAGACAAUUGAAACACUGGCCUAUUCCAUUUUGAUGCUCCAUACAGAUCUCUACAACCCAAAUGUAAACCGGCAUGGUCGUCGCAUGACGGUCGGUGACUUCAUCAAGAAUAAUCAGGAAAUCGACGGAGGAAGGGACCUCCCAAACGAAUGGUUGGUGAGCAUCUACUCGCGCAUUGAAGCUGAAGAGUUCAAGACUCUGCCUGAUCUGACAGAUAAAUUGCGCUACAUUGACCGCCUCCUCAAAGGACCGCUCAAGCCAGAAACAUUCGUCCAAAGAUACAGAAGGCUCAUCGGUUGGACAUUUGCGCAAGAGGUGAGCGGAGAGCUUCUUAUCUCCAAGAGAUCAAUAGAGUUGAGUGUAAUCUAUGCUGAUAGUAAACCCGACGAUAACAUAAUUGCUGGUAAGAAAAGGUAA